GGGAGAGGCCACCAGCAGCACGCGCGGGAGCCGGGGGAACAGCGGCAGCUCACAGUGUGCCACCAUGGAGUUGGGGCCCCUAGAAGGUGGCUACCUGGAGCUUCUUAACAGCGAUGCCGACCCCCUGUGCCUCUACCACUUCUAUGACCAGAUGGACCUGGCUGGAGAAGCAGAGAUUGAGCUCUACUCAGAACCCGACACAGACACCAUCAACUGUGACCAGUUCAGUAGGCUGUUGUCUGACAUGGAAGGCGAUGAAGAGACCAGGGAGGCUUAUGCCAAUAUCGCGGAACUGGACCAGUAUGUGUUCCAGGACUCCCAGCUGGAGGGCCUGAGCAAAGACAUUUUCAUAGAGCACAUAGGACCAGAUGAAGUGAUCGGUGAGAGUAUGGAGAUGCCAGCAGAAGUUGGGCAGAAAAGUCAGAAAAGACCCUUCCCAGAGGAGCUUCCAGCAGACCUGAAGCACCGGAAGCCAGCUGAGCCCCCAACUGUGGUGACUGGCAGUUUCCUAAUGGAACCAGCGAAUGACUCCUCCACCCUGCCCUGCCUGCCACUGCCUGCCCUGUUCAACGAGGAGCCAGCCUCCGGCCAGAUGUGCCUGGAGAAAACCGACCAGAUGCCCAUGCCUUCCUCCAGUUCCUCAUUGAGCUGCCUGAAUCUCCCUGAGGGACCCAUCCAGUUUGUCUCCACCAUCUCCACUCUGCCCCAGGGGCUCUGGCAAAUCUCUGGGGCUGGAACAGGGGUCUCCAGUAUAUUCAUCUACCACGGUGAGGUGCCCCAGGCCAGCCAAGUACCCCCUCCCAGUGGACUCACUGUCCACGGCCUCCCAACAUCUCCAGACCGGCCAGGCUCCACCAGCCCCUUCGCUCCAUCAGCCACUGACCUGCCCAGCAUGCCUGAACCUGCCCUGACCUCCCGAGCAAACAUGACAGAGCACAAGACGUCCCCCACCCAAAGCCAGGCAGCUGGAGAGGUCUCCAACAAGCUUCCAAAAUGGCCUGAGCCGGUGGAGCAGUUCUACCGCUCACUGCAGGACACGUAUCGGGCCGAGCCCGCAGGCCCCGAUGGCAUCCUGGUGGAGGUGGAUCUGGUGCGGGCCAGGCUGGAGAGAAGCAGCAGCAAGAGCCUGGAGCGGGAACUGGCCACCCCGGACUGGGCAGAACGGCAGCUGGCCCAGGGAGGCCUGGCUGAGCUGCUGUUGGCUGCCAAAGAGCACCGGCGGCCGCGUGAGACACGAGUGAUUGCUGUGCUGGGCAAAGCUGGUCAGGGCAAGAGCUGUUGGGCUGGGGCAGUGAGCCGGGCCUGGGCUUGUGGCCGGCUUCCCCAGUACGACUUUGUCUUCUCUGUCCCCUGCCACUGCUUGAACCGUCCGGGGUCUGCCUAUCGCCUGCAGGAUCUGCUCUUCUCCCUGGGCCCACAGCCACUCGUGGCGGCCGAUGAGGUUUUCAGCCACAUCUUGAAGAGACCUGACCGUGUUCUGCUCAUCCUAGACGCCUUCGAGGAGCUGGAAGCGCAAGAUGGCUUCCUGCACAGCACAUGCGGACCGGCACCGGCGGAGCCCUGCUCCCUCCGGGGGCUGCUGGCCGGCCUUUUCCAGAAGACGCUGCUCCGAGGUUGCACCCUCCUCCUCACAGCCCGGCCCCGGGGCCGCCUGGGCCAGAGCCUGAGCAAGGCCGACACCCUAUUUGAGCUGUCUGGCUUCUCCACGGAGCAGGCCCAGGCCUACGUGAUGCGCUACUUUGAGAGCUCAGGCAUGACUGAGCACCAAGACAGAGCCCUGACGCUCCUCCAGGACCGGCCAUUUCUUCUCAGUCACAGCCACAGCCCCACUUUGUGCCGGGCAGUGUGCCAGCUCUCAGAGGCCCUGCUGGAGCUUGGGGAUGACGCCAAGCUGCCCUCCACGCUCACAGGACUCUAUGUCGGCCUGCUGGGCCGUGCAGCCCUCAACAGCCCCCCGGGGGCCCUGGCAGAGCUGGCCAAGCUGGCCUGGGAGCUGGGCCGCAGACACCAAAGUACCCUACAGGAGGACCAGUUCCCAUCCGCAGACGUGAGGAACUGGGCGAUGGCCAAAGGCUUAGUGAAACACCCCCCGGGGGCCGCAGAGUCCGAGCUGGCCUUCCCCAGCUUCCUCCUGCAAUGCUUCCUGGGGGCCCUGUGGCUGGCUCUGAAUGGCGACAUCAAGGACAAGGAGCUCCCGCAGUAUCUAGCAUUGACCCCAAGGAAGAAGAGGCCCUAUGACAACUGGCUGGAGGGCGUGCCACGCUUUCUGGCCGGGCUGAUCUUCCAGCCUCGCGCCCGCUGCCUGGGAGCCCUAGUCGGGCCGUCGGCGACUGCCUUGGCGGACAGGAAGCAGAAGGUGCUUGCGAGGUACCUGAAGCGGCUGCAGCCGGGGACCCUGCGGGCGCGGCAGCUGCUGGAGCUGCUGCACUGCGCCCACGAGGCCGAGGAGGCUGGAAUUUGGCAGCACGUGGUGCAGGAGCUCCCCGCCUGCCUCUCUUUUCUGGGCACCCGUCUCACACCUCCUGAUGCACAUGUACUGGGCAAGGCCUUGGAGGCGGCGGGCCAAGACUUCUCCCUGGACCUCCGCAGCACUGGCAUUUGCCCCUCUGGAUUGGGGAGCCUCGUGGGACUCAGCUGUGUCACAGGUUUCAGGGCUGCCUUGAGCGACACAGUGGCGCUGUGGGAGUCCCUGCGGCAGCAUGGGGAGACCAAGCUACUUCAGGCAGCAGAGGAGAAGUUCACCAUCGAGCCUUUCAAAGUCAAGUCCCUGAAGGAUGUGGAAGACCUGGGAAAGCUUGUGCAGACUCAGAGGACGAGAAGUUCCUCGGAAGACACAGCUGGGGAGCUCCCUGCUGUUCGGGACCUAAAGAAACUGGAGUUUGCGCUGGGCCCCAUCUCAGGCCCCCAGGCUUUCCCCAAACUGGUGCGGAUCCUCACGGCCUUUUCCUCCCUGCAGCAUCUGGACCUGGAUGCGCUGAGUGAGAACAAGAUCGGGGACGAGGGUGUCUCGCAGCUCUCAGCCACCUUCCCCCAGCUGAAGUCCUUGGAAACCCUCAACCUGUCCCAGAACAGCAUCACAGACCUGGGUGCCUACAAACUCGCCGAGGCCCUGCCUUCACUCGCUGCAUCCCUGCUCAGGCUGAGCUUGUACAAUAACUGCAUCUGCGACGUGGGAGCCGAGAGCCUGGCUCGUGUGCUUCCGGAUAUGGUGUCCCUCCGGGUGAUGGACGUCCAGUACAACAAGUUCACGGCUGCCGGGGCCCAGCAGCUCGCUGCCAGCCUUCGGAGGUGUCCUCAUGUGGAGACACUGGCGAUGUGGACGCCCACCAUCCCAUUCAGUGUCCAGGAACACCUGCAACAACAGGAUUCACGGAUCAGCCUGAGAUGAUCCCAGCUGUGCUCUGGACAGGUACGUUCUCUGAGGACACUAACCACGCUGGACCUUGAACUGGGUACUUGUGGACACAGCUCUUCUCCAGGCUGUAUCCCAUGAGCCUCAGCAUCCUGGCACCCAGCCCCUCCUGGUUCAGGGUUGGCCCCUGCCCGGUUGUGGAAUGAACCACGUCUUGCUCUGCUGUCAGGCACAGGCCCGGCUCCAGGCUCCUUUAGCGCCCAGUUGGAUGGAUGCCUCAUGGCAGCUGCAGUCCACCCAGGAGCCCUGAGGCCUUCCCUGAAGGACAUUGCGGACAGCCACGGCCAGGCCAGAGGGAGUGACAGAGGCAGCCCCAUUCUGCCUGCCCAGGCCCCUGCCACCCUGGGGAGAAAGUACUUCUUUUUUUUAAUUUUUAGACAGAGUCUCACUGUUGCCCAGGCUGGAGUGCAGUGGUGCGAUCUGGGCUCACUGCAACCUCCGCCUCUUGGGUUCAAGCGAUUCU